UCAUUGCGUUGAUAAAAUGAACAAUUAGCCUAUCCGGAUGGAUAUUUAUUCUUUUUUGUUCGCUUGAAACACCCUCCAUCGAUAGCUCGUGCCGAUGUGCAGUCAAUGCAAGCUAAAGGACCGACGAGAGCGGAGAGAUCGCCUUGCUUACCGUCCUUUAGCCGCCUCUGAAACCAGCUAACAGCUAGCGCCGUAGUAGAGCUCUCGUUAGCUGGCUGGCUGACAGCUGGCUCGGUUAGCUACGUGCCUUCAACAGUAACGGAGCUAAGAUUUACUCCCUGAAACAAUGAAUUGUCUUUGACAUUGAGAAUACUGAGGCCCAGUUGGUUGUCACAUUGGAGUUACCAAAGCCCAGAACUAGCAACGGUGGGUCUUGCUUGACUCUAAUAAGCGGGUGAGCCGUCAGUCAACCUGCCGAUGUACACCUGGUUUUGACCUGCCAGAGCUGCCAAUAUGAUGCCGAUGAUAUUGACGGUGUACCUCAGCGAUGGGGAACAGGCUGUGACUGAGGUGCCCAUCACUCCUGAGACGACGUGCCGGGAUGUGGUCGAGUUCUGCAAAGAGCCCGGCGAGAGCGGCUGCCACCUGGCCGAGGUCUGGAGAGGCAACGAGCGAGCGAUCCCCUUCGAACACAUGAUGUACGAACAUCUACAGAAAUGGGGGCCUCGGAAACAAGAAGUCAAGUUCUUCCUCCGGCAUGAAGAUUCACCAACCGAGGGCAGUGAUCAAGGGAGUCAGCAGUCUCAGGAUCAGACGAGUCGCAGAAGUGGAAACACUGGAGAGAAGCACAAUGAGAACGGGGUGGGUAAUCAGCGUGUGGAGCUCACGCUAUCAGAGCUGCAGGAGAUGGCCACACGGCAGCAGCAGCAAAUCGAGGCUCAGCAGCAGAUGCUUGUCGCAAAGGAGCAACGUUUGCGUUACCUGAAGCAGCAGGAGCGACGUCAGCAGCAGACGGUUUCAGAGAGCGAGAAGCUGCAGAGGCUGAAGGACCGCGUGGAGAGCCAGGAGGCAAAGCUCAAGAAGAUUCGGGCAAUGAGAGGCCAGGUGGACUACAGCAAGGUCAUCAAUGGCAACCUGUCGGCAGAGAUUGAGCAAGUCAACAGCCUGUUCCAGGAGAAGCAGGCUGAGCUGCAGUCUGCUGUCCUGAGGGUGGAGCAGCUCAGCCUGCAGCUGGAGGACCUGCGGAGGGGAAAGCUUAACGGCAUACAGACCGCUCUGGGUGGCCAAGUAACCGGCGCUGCAGCUCUAGAGCUCCGUAAACUCUACCAGGAGCUUCAGAUCCGGAACAAGUUGAACCAGGAGCAAAACAGCAAGCUGAAGCAACAGAAGGAGCUUCUCAACAAGCGCAACAUGGAAGUGACGCUCAUGGACAAGCGCAUUAGCGAGCUGCGGGAUCGCCUCUACAAGAAAAAAGCUGAGGCACGUCAAAAAGAAAACCUCCCUCUGAACAGAGCCAACGGGCCUCCCUCUCCGCAGCCAGCUCCUGGUACUCUGGGCCGUGUCGCUGCUGUCGGGCCGUACAUCCAGGUCCCUGUACCGGGCCGACAGGAAGGAGGCUACAACAUACCGCCUGAUCCUCUCAAGCCUCAGACUCUGGGUGUUAAUAACCAAGCCAACCACGGCCGCACCAAGUCAGACGGUGUGCGAAAGCCUCCCGGCCCUUGGAAAGUGUCUGAUUUAGACAUCGUUGUGGACCCGGUACCCCCGUCCCUUCCAGAAUCACACCUGGGCACCGGAGCCUCCACUGGCUCUGACGGCACGUCCCCUAAUGAUACUGGUUGGCCUACUUUAGGCAAGACCAACACAUCUCUAAAGCCUCCUGAGAGACGAGACUCAGGGACUGAUACCCAGGGCAAGAGCCCUCCCUCAGGCUCCCCCGUCGCGCCAAGUGCAGAAAAGGUGCUAGAGUCCAAAAUGGCCGUGUCCUCCCCCGCCAUAUCCAAGCCACAGCCGCCUCCCUAUGGCUCCCACCUCACCUCCGCAAACUCAGCCAGCUCCUUGGAGCGGCGCAAGGACGCACCUCCUCCUCCUCGCCCGCUCCCAAACCCGCCAGCUCCCGCCUGGCCCCGCGUCCCCCCCUCCACGGGCUCCUCCUCCCAGCAGAUCCAGCAGCGAAUCUCGGUGCCGCCAAGUCCAACCUUCCAGCCUAACGCACCGCUUUUCCCUCCUGGGCUGAGCGAGCGACUGGAUCCUCCGCCAGCUGUGGCAGUACGCCCCUUCAUCCCGGACAGAGGAUCACGGCCUCAGUCGCCCCGAAAGGGCCCGCCUACCAUGAACUCCAGCUCCAUUUAUCACAUGUACCUCCAACAGGCAGCGCCAAAGAGCCAGCCACUCAAGCCUGCUCUCAAAGCAGUAUAUGGGAAGCCUGUUCUCCCCCCAAGCUCGACACCCCCGUCGCCUCUGCCUUUCGUCCAGGCAGGAGGGGCCUUCCCGUUGCUCCAAGGCCCCCCCGGUGGCGAGGACACUUUGGACGGAGAAUUUGAUGAUCACGACUUCUUCCAGCACCCGGAGCCUUUAGCACCUCCUCCCAGUGUGGAGAACAUCCCACGACCACUCAGCCCCACGAAGCUAACACCCAUGGUACACUCCCCGCUGCGUUACCAAAGCGACGCCGAUCUCGAAGUGCUCCGCAAAAAGCUGGCCAACGCUCCGAGACCGCUCAAGAAGCGCAGCUCCAUCACAGAACCGGAGGGCCCCAGCGGACCCAACAUCCAGAAACUGCUCUACCAGAGAUUCAACACUCUCGCAGGAGGCAUCGAAGGAAAUGGAGUGAGUGGAUCAGGAGGUGGCAGCGGCGCGGGUAAUGGAAUGCCAUUCUAUCAGCCAGCUAAUCCUCCCGCGUAUAUGGGAGGAGACUCGGGAGCAGAUACAGACAAUGGCAACCUCCCCUCUGAGACGCCGCUACCGCCACCACCAGGGGCAGAGGAGUUGGGCUCUGAGGCUGCACCUCCAUCUACUGACCCUAACGACAACGAGCCGCUGCCCUCGCCACCAGAGCUGGAUGCUGCCGACACCGAAGAGGAAGAGGACGACAACAAUAACAACCUAGGAAGCUCCGAGGCGUUGUUGCCCAGCCCCGUGCUGGAGGUGACCAGUCCAGAAGAGAGCGGCACAGCGGGCUCACAGCUCCUGGAGAAGCGCACAAACCUGAAGAAGCCAAACUCUGAGCGCACCGGCCACGGCUUCAGGGUGAAGUUCAACCCUCUGGCCCUGCUGCUGGACGCCUCGUUGGAGGGAGAGUUUGACCUGGUCCAGAGGAUUAUCUAUGAGGUGGAGAAUCCGAGCACCGCCAAUGACGAGGGCAUCACACCGCUGCACAACGCAGUGUGUGCGGGACAUCACCACAUCGUCAAGUUCCUGCUGGAUUUCGGUGUGAACGUCAAUGCUGCAGACAGUGACGGAUGGACUCCACUUCACUGCGCCGCCUCCUGCAACAGUGUUCAUCUCUGCAAGUUGUUGGUGGAGUCAGGGGCCGCCAUCUUUGCCAGCACCAUUAGUGAUGUGGAGACGGCUGCAGAUAAAUGCGAGGAAAUGGAAGAGGGCUACAUCCAGUGCUCCCAGUUUCUAUACGGUGUUCAGGAGAAGUUGGGUGUCAUGAACAAGGGGACAGUGUACACUCUGUGGGAUUACAAAGCUCAGAACCAGGACGAGCUGACGUUCAGUGAAGGGGACGCCAUCACUAUUCUGCGACGACAGGACGACAGUGAAACAGAGUGGUGGUGGGCGCGACUCGAGGACAACGAGGGCUACGUGCCCCGGAACCUGCUGGGGCUCUAUCCUAGGAUUAAGCCUCGUCAGCGCUCCCUGGCAUAGUGUCUCACUCCGCUGACCUCUGGCUAACAGCUGGACUUGUGACAAAACCAAGAGCAGAGAACAAAGGAGCCUGGCGCUCUGUCUUCUCCCCGUGGCCAUAACCUCCCCUGGCCUGUUGCUUCUCACAAAAAUCCCUUUUCUCUGAAGCAGUGAACUCUUGACACACACAUUGACAUCAGCACACACAUAGACACACACACACAAGGAAACACAAGCACUCCAAAUAAGAAAAAUCUCUUAAACCACUCCAUCCUGACCCCCCUCCCCACCCCCUCCACCUUUCAACCCCAUUGCUCUGUCAUUGUCCCAACUUGAUUUUACCCUGAUUCAGUGUCGGCUCUGUAUCAGACAUCAACUUGAAGAAUAAAACACUAACCCAUGUCUCAGUAUUUCUUGCAGUGUUCACUCUUCUUCAGCCAUGACUUCUAUGGUGGCACUGGUUUAUAAGGUGACUGAAAAAUCAUCUCUAAUGGUGAGACGUUGCUUAUUUUUGUUAGUGGAAUGUACUUUUAUGCCAGUGUUUUGUGCCAAUUUGAUCCCCAUGCACGAAAAAAAACAAACAUUAAUGCAGAAAAAUGUGUCCUGUGUUGAAUUUUUCUGUAGUCUAACCACCAAAGAUACAUAGAGAUUUAACCCUUUUAAUUCUAUUACUCCCCUGCAGAAUUAUUGAGGAGUGAGAUAAUCAAUUGAUUUGCUGCUAUCAGUACUGAUAAAUGGUUUAAAGUCCUAAACAUUCUAGUGGAGCAGAAAAUUGAUAUAGGAGGGUAAAUUGGAAAAAUGUCAAAAUAAAUUCAGCGUGUUAAAGUAAAGAUUAAUACAAAUUGGCCACACAAAUUGUCAUUUCAUUAACAUUAUUGCAAGUUUUUUAAUUCAGUGUCAUCUGCUCAGAAUCUGGAUGCAGGAGUAUUGUGGAUGAUCUGGUUUUUGUGUGAUAUGAGAUGUAUCAAGCUUUGUGAAAAACACUAAUUCAAAGGUUGUAUUUUUGCUAAUCUGAUGAUCCCUAAAAUGAACAGCUCACAUGCUGCAGUUUUCAAAAACCAUGGAAACUGGUCAGAAACAGUAUUUUGUUUUACCAAAAAUGGCUGUCAAAUUAAGGCGCUUCCUGCACAGCAUCUGUAGAGUGUGUAAAGGUUAUAAAUGUGAAAGAUCUCUUAGUUAACGAAAUAAACUUGAAGGUUUUCAUUUAAAUUAAUGUCUGUUAAGUCACUACCUAUCAGCCUAUGUCCAACUGAUGAAAGCAGCUGCAUAUGUAGUAUUACGGACUUUGUGUCAGUGGGUGAUGCAGCAGACUGUUUUUUCUGGUCUCCAAUGGCAUUGCAAGUAUAUAACAGUGACUAUGGCCAAAAAAAGAAAGAAAUGAGCGAUGACUACAGACAAUGAAACGGUGAAAUGCAAAAACACACCGUAUGUUCUGCCAAAGAGACGAAAUGGAGAUCUUCGAGAUUGUAACUUUAACUUGUUGCAGCAAUUAGAAUUUAAUGAAAAUAAGUUGUUUUAUAGUUUUAAAUUCCACAGCAGUAAGUCAGGCAAGAAUCAGCUCCACAGGAAGUUCUUGAUGGUGUUAUUGGGUUAUUUUUGCUAUUUUCAAGUCAUUUACAGUAUGUGUAAUGUUUUAGGCUUUUAUAGUAAGUUGGUCCUCACUUACGACAUUCAUAGUUUUUUCUGACUUCUGGCACCUGAUGAGAUUGUUGCUUUUGUUUCAAUUUAACUUGACAACAUGACAAGAAGACCUCUCGACAUAAACUUGCAAAUAUACAAUGAAAUCCAGACACUGCACUCUGAACCAUAAUGCAAACUUUGUUUACUACACUAGACAAAGUUAACACUCAAUAACUUAUUUUUACUACUAGCUGCUAAUAAGGUCUCUGGUCAUUGAAUGUUGCAGUUAUUUUUCUGUGACUGUGACAAACCCCACUUGAAACACUUAAUCUCAGGACCAACAAGGUGCUGCUGACACUGUUCCACCAUUAAACUAGUGAUCAUAUUUCUAUUUUUUAUCACAACAAACCACUUUAAUUUGAGCCGCAAACCAAACAAACAGUCCAAAAUGUAGAAAAAGAGGAAGUAAAAACAACAGUAUAAGCAAUGGGCAUCAUUUACAGAUAGAUGAAGAGACAGUUAUUUUGUCUGAAAUGGAGAUGUUCAGAUUCAGACUUCAGAUUCGCUUCAGACAAUCCUGAAUUUGUCCAGUUCUCUUCCCCCCCUUUCAGGUAUUCACCAUUCCAGUAACACUAAUACAUGUGUUAUGUGUCACAUCUAGAGUCCCAUCAGCUUGUUCUAAACCUUGAGUGACUGAGUGUGAUGCCAAGUGUGCUAGUGGCCCAGGCUUUAUCAUGGCUUAAUCUGUACAUAGUGUGAGGAGAUGUGUUAUAUGUCUGUUUGCUGUAUAGACAAGUGGGCUUUCUGUAUAAACGCUGUACUCACACAUUGAAUUCUGUAAAUGUGAACAAUAAAACAGAAGCUCUGGCAUGACGGUC